GGGAAAUAUUUCUUAGAACAUGCAUGGGUUGGAUACUUGGUGAAAGCUUAUAUAGGCGUGUCUAUAUAAAAAAAAUCUCUUCGGCUCAUUUCAGGGGACAGAAACACUCCUUGAUCAAAAUCCACUGCAAAUUUCUCUGUACCUCAACAAGCAGUUUCUUGUUAGCAGGAAAUGGAUCCUAUGUCUGUGUUAUUCCUAUUUGCCCUUACACUAUUAUUCCUUUGGGAAAGAAGCAAUUUCUGGAAGAGCAAUAGCCAAAAGUUUCCACCAGGACCGCGCCCAUUACCACUCAUUGGAAACCUCCACCUUCUGGAUCUUCAGAGGCCUUAUAGAACCUUGUUCAAGCUCUCUAAACAGUAUGGCCCUAUCUUCAGCAUCCAGCUGGGAUCCAGUAAAGCAGUCGUUCUGGUGGGCUACAAGACUAUGAAGGAGGCUUUGGUGAACCAGGCACAUCCCUUUGCGGCCAGGCCCAAACUCCCCAUGUUGGAAGACGUUUUUCAUGGCCAUGGUAUUCUUUUUUCUAAUGGUGAGAAAUGGAAAAUGACAAGGAGGUUUUCACUAACCACGUUAAGGGACUACGGAAUGGGCAGGAAGACCAUAGAAGACAGAAUUGUUGAGGAGGGUCAGUUCCUAAUACAGAAGUUUGAAUCUUUCAAAGGAAAACCAUUUGAGAGUACAAUAAUCAUGAACGGUGCUACUAGCAACAUUAUACUGACCAUAUUAUUUGGCAUGCGAUUUGAAUAUGAAGACCCCACAUUUAUAAGAUUACUGAACUUGGUCAAUGAAAACAUUCGGCUCUUGGGAUCUGCUCAGCUCCUGCUGUACAAUACGUUCCCUGCGCUGGGUUUUCUUUCUGGUGAUCGCAAGACUGUCCUUAAGAACAGGGAUGAACUGUUUGCCUUCCUAGAGGCCACUUACACAGAACGCCUCAAAGAACUGGAUGAGAAUGACCAGAGAAGCUUUCUCGAUGUUUAUCUAUUCCAACAGCAAAAGGAUAAGAACAAGAACCAGAGCAACAUUUUUUCCGAUAACGAGCACCUAAAAACUCUUCUGGGGGACUUAAUUAUCGCCGGCACAGAGACCACUUCGGCUACCUUACGUUGGGGCAUAUUGCUGAUGAUGAAGUACCCUGAAAUUCAGAAGAAAGUGCAUGAAGAAAUAACAAAGGUCAUCGGGUCCGCUCAGCCACGGAUGGAGCACCGAACAAAACUUCCAUACACAGAUGCGGUGAUUCACGAAGUUCAGAGGUUUGGUAAUAUUCUGCCUUUGAAUUUGGCACAUUCCACCAAUACAGACGUCACUCUUGGAGACUACUUCAUUCCAAAGGGAACGUAUGUCAUUCAACUGCUGUACUCUGUGCUGUAUGAUGAAUCUGAGUGGGAGAAGCCCUUUAAAUUCUAUCCUGAGCACUUCCUUGAUUCUGAGGGAAAGUUUGUUAAGAGAGAUGCCUUCUUGCCUUUCUCUGCAGGUCGGCGAGCGUGUGCCGGAGAGACCCUGGCCAAAAUGGAGGUCUUUCUCUUCUUUGUGAGUCUCAUGCAGAGAUUCACUUUCCAGCCAGCCCCCGGGAUGUCAAAAGAAGACCUGGACCUGACCCCUGCAAUUGGGUUUACAAUAUCUCCCGUGCCCUUCAGAUUCUGUGCUUUGCCACGUUCUUAAUCUCCCCCCAUGCUGAGCUUCCUCUGCACACCACCUUCCACUUCGGCACCUUUUCGCUUAAUAAAGACUUUUCAGAUUCAACAGAACCAGGCUACGGUUUGCCACAAACCUUCAUGUUUCGUAUACCCGUCUGUGCAAUCCCUGCAAGCUAGAUCAGAGACACAACUUAAUUCGAAAUUUGUACUUCGGUUCUUGAAUUGUUUGCUCUACAGAGAAAACAACAAUGUUUCUGUGCCUAAUUUCUUGUAUUGACACAUUACAGAUGUCUUUCAAUCCCCAAAACAACCCAAGUGAGCUAACAGUGAUCAUAUCCUUUCAAGUGAGAUCCUUCCAAUGGUACCAGCUAUGUCAUGGGCAGUGUUCCCUCUAAGCUGAGUUAGCAUGAUCUAGCUCAGAGAUUUUUAGCCUCCAGCUCACACAUUUUUGUCUUAGCUCAGGAAGGAUGGACCCAGAGCACACUAAUUUAUGCAGUAGCCCACAACUUUAACUCCAGUAGCUCACAAAGUAGAAUUUUUGCUUACAAGACUCUGCAGCUUAGAGGGGACAUUGGUCAGGGGUAUCGGACUCAUUUGUUAGGAGGGCCAGAUCUGAUAUGAAUGAGACGUGGUUGGGCUGAGCCAUGUUAGGUUAGACCGGGCCAUGCUGGGCCAGGCCAUGUGUGUACCUAUUUAAGACUAGGUAGCAGAGAUAUAAACUUUAUAAAGGACACAGACAAACACAAGGCUGUUUCCUUCCUCCCCCAAGGGAUGGGGAGGGGAGGAGCCUCAGUCAAUAGGAGGGAGAGAGGCUUGGCUCAGUACUUCUGCUGGGAGAUUGAGAGAGCCUGGAAAAAAACAAGCUCUGCCUUCCCCCCCCCCUCCUCCCCAAGGGAGGAACCUCAGCCAAUGGAGAAAAUAGAGGCUUUGCUCUGUAGCUCCUGUGUGAUUUAUCAAGCCUGGCUGGCAAAGCAUGUUGUGAUUCAGAAGGAAGCAAGAGAGAGGGAGAAGGAAGCAGAUGACAGCCAGUUACUCGGGGGCCUGAUAAGAGUCCUCCGGGGGCCUGAUUCGGCCCCUGGGCUGCAUGUUAACACCCCUGAGCUAUGUAGACAAAGGGUGUGUUCAUGCUACACUAAAUAAUGUGUUUUGCAACUGAGUUUUCACUUUGUAAGAGCAGCCAAAAUCCAGUUGUAGAAUGCAUUAUUUAGUGUAGUGUGAAUGCACUCAAAAUGAAUAUCAUUAGUGUCGGGUUUUAUGCAUGAAACCUGCUUCGCAAACAUGUAAGGCCACUUGGUUUUCUUACGCAUUCUGCUAAUUCUGGAAUUUGUUUGAGCAAUUCCACUGCUUCAAAUCAGGGAAGAAUGCAUAAAAACUAAGCCACUGUUCACUGAAUGAGUAAGCCCAAAUUCUUGGCGAAAGAAUUUUUGCGGUUGAGAAAGAGUUGUAAGAAAAUUAAAGAUGCUGGCUUUGAGCCAGUAGGGUGUUUCUGCAGCCAGAAGGCUUUCCUCCCAGAGAGCUCCAGACUGGCUUAGUAGAAUCAUAAGAUACGGACAUUCUGAACAGUCAUUCAUCUAUUUGGCUUGCAAUCGUGCUCUUGUUUAGCCGCCAACUUCAACUCUGUCUUUCUGUUCUUAUCACAGGGAGAUGAAUGACCCUUGUUAACGGUGUUAUGUACCUGUCAUUACAGUUAUCAAACACUGUACGUAUUAAAGUUGACAGUGUUAGUCAUAAUAAAAAACAAUGCACGAGUA